AUGCACGGAGCACCGAAUAAGCGGUAUAACCGCCAGAAGUUCAGCCAUGCCAAGGAUCAAGAUGGCGUCGCGAGACUCCCUCGGAAACGAUUUUAUCGACAGCGGGCCCAUGCCAAUCCCUUCUCAGACCACACCCUCGAAUACCCGUCAUCCCCGGAGGCAAUGGACUGGUCAUCGUACUAUCCAGCAUUUACAACGGACACAUCCCCAGAAGAGUCGACUCAGCUUAAGAAGUUGACCAAGGACGUGGAGGUCGUGGACAUUGGGUGCGGCUUCGGAGGCCUUCUUGUCGCUUUGGCGCCUCUUCUACCAGAGACGCUGCUGCUGGGAUUGGAAAUCAGAACAAGCGUAACGCAAUUUGUGCAAGAAAAAAUAUGGGCAUUGCGGGAGCAAAACGAAGGCAAACUAUACCAAAACGCCGCCUGUAUACGAGCCAACGCCAUGAAGUUCCUCCCCAAUUUCUUCAAAAAGGCCCAGCUGACCAAGAUUUUCAUCUGCUUCCCCGAUCCACACUUCAAGGCCAGAAAACACAAGGCAAGAAUUGUAUCAACAACGUUGAAUUCGGAGUAUGCCUACGCACUACGACCUGGGGGUAUUCUAUACACAAUCACAGAUGUGGAGGCUUUGCACCGCUGGAUGGUGCAGCACCUGGACGCACACCCCUCGUUUGAGCGGGUUCCUGAGGAUGAGGUAGAGAAGGAUGAGUGUGUCAAGGUUAUGCAGAAUGAGACGGAGGAAGGGAAGAAGGUGGCGAGGAAUAAGGGGCAGAAGUUUGUGACCUUGUUUCGACGCAUAGAAGACCCUCCAUGGGAGUAG